AUGGCGAUGUACAAGAGCCGACGGAGAAGUAGUGGGUAUACCCCACGACGUAGCUACGGGAAGAACAGAGGUUCAACUCGGAGGUCGAAGACCUCGUUAUGGAGCAAGGCGACACUUGGAAAGUAUGUUCGGGCGGAAGCCCAGAAGGUGCUGAAAAGCAGUGGACGAGAGCCAAGGUCAUUGAGCUUGAAGGCGCUUCCGGUAAGGAUGAGCCGAACGAGUGGAGCUGUUACUGCGACGGCAACGAACAAUAGUGAGUGGGAAGUUUUUAUUCAGGGACGUCGGGUAGACGACCGAUAUGUGAUGUUACCAAUUAGUGAGGCGGUACCGCCUCGAAUGAGUCGAUUGGCAGAUGGUGAUGGACGUUUUCGGACAUCUGAGAAAGUAUUGAUCAAAGGAGUGAGUGUGCGAAUGACGAUAUCGCAAGCGGAAAGAUUGCGGAUACAAGCAUUUGCGUUUCAGAACACGGUGCGCCGUGGAGACACAGUUGUGGCUAGCGCAGUGAAUCGACCAUGGGGCGACAGAAGAGUCCUUCUCCCUAUUGAAGGGAUUGCAGCAGUGCCUGCACCGAUGGCUCAUAUUUGUUAUGAGGUUAUGGAUAAACGGGAUGUUAUGGGAACGCAUUCCACGUCACCUUUGGGGAGGCAACUUGGGUUGCAUGAUGGACCAUUUGCCACACGACGUGGGGUAGACAAUGGAAUUGAUUCAAUUGAGUGGAAGUCGGUAGACGGGACUAGUUUUACGAGCCGAUAUUCUAAGGAUGUUGGAAGACCUGUGGGACAGGUGCAAGUGCAGAUUGAUGGGAAGAAGCGAGGGAAGCCGAGCAGGACAUUGAAUAUGUUGAUGGAAGUACCGUCGUUGAUGCGUACGGUAGGGUUUAAUGCGACGAGUUCUGCAUUGGGGAGUGGAUGGAUUGCCACGAAACAUCAUUUAGUUGAAAUUUCUAUUAAAUUGAACAAGGUAGUAGAGUACCGACAGGGACUCAAUGCAGUUCCGGUAUCGGAACUUCCAUACGAAUUAUUUUUAGCAAUUGAUUCACCUCGGUCGUUGAACGAGGCAGGUAAAGCGGAUACAGUAGCGGGAGCGGUGACGGCAAUGGAGUACAAGAUAUAUUAUGAGAGACUGUGA